AUGAGCGCAUCCUCUGCUCCGGAGCCAUCUGCAGACAUGCCCUCUCCGUCCCGCGCCUCCGCCUUGCUUGCGAACCUCUCCUCCGUGACCUCCCGCAUCUCCGCCGCCUCAGUCCCCGGCAGUUCUGUCCGCCUCGUCGCUGUCUCCAAACUCAAGCCCGCAUCCGACAUCCUCGCCCUCUACAACCCACCCACAUCCCACCUUCAUUUCGGUGAAAACUACCUGCAAGAGCUCCUCGAAAAAUCCAAAAUCCUGCCCCCGGAAAUCAGAUGGCACUUCAUCGGCGGGCUACAGUCGAACAAAUGCGUCACACUAGCGAGGGAUGUGAGAGGUCUCUGGGCCGUCGAGAGUGUAGACACACAGAAGAAAGCGACCCUGCUAGACAAAGGGUGGGGCGAGAGACUAAAGAAUCACUCCGCACAGCAGCAGCAACAACAACAGGGCAGAGCGGAGCCGGAGCGAUUGCGUGUUUUUGUCCAGGUGAACACCUCCGGAGAAGAGAGUAAGUCUGGUGUUGAGCCAUCACAGGCGGUGGAAUUGUGCCGGUUUAUCAGGGAGCAGUGUCCACGGUUGAAGCUAGAGGGCCUAAUGACUAUCGGGGCCAUUGCUCGGUCCAAGGCAACAACCCCGGAGACUCAGAAUGAAGAUUUUGACUGUUUGAGAGAGACAAGGGAUAGAAUUUGCCAAGAAUUGGGUUUGGAAGGGGAGGAGAAGCUGGAGUUGAGCAUGGGUAUGAGUGAAGACUUUGAGGGUGCUAUUGCCAUGGGGAGCAAUGAGGUUAGAGUGGGGAGCACGAUUUUCGGAGCUCGUCCUCCAAAAGGAGAAGCAAAAGUGGUUCCCUGA